GGGCCAGACAACAGCUCGUUCUCUCGGCGCGGCCCACAGGGCCCCAGCGAUCGGCAAGCUGGCUCCCCGAGUAGCCACCGGGACCCCCGAGCCCAAUGGCGGGGGCGGCAACAAAAUCGACAGCACCGUGGAGAUCGCCCCCGGCUCCAAUGGACAGGUCGGGAGCCUCGGAGAUGCGGUCCCCCCCGAGCAGCUGCAGGGUGAGCGGGAGCGCCGGCGGGAGGGGGAGGGCGACUCGCUGGGCAGCAGCCUGUCGCUGGCCGCGCCCCCGGGCCCCCUCAGCUUCGAGGCUCUGCUCGCCCAGGUGGGGGCCCUGGGUGGCGGCCAACAGCUGCAGCUCGGCCUGUGCUGCCUGCCCGUGCUCUUCGUGGCGCUGGGCAUGGCCUCAGACCCCAUCUUCACGCUGGCGCCCCCGCUGCACUGCCACUACGGCGCCUUGCCCCCCAACGCUUCGGGCUGGGAGCAGCCCCCCAACUCCAGCGGCGUCAGCAUCGCCGGCGCGGCCCUAGCAGCCAGCGCCGCUAGCGGAGUCGUCACCAGUACGGACCCCUCGUGCAGUGGCUUCGCCCCACCAGACUUCAACCACUGCCUGAAGGACUGGGACUAUAAUGGACUGCCGGUGCUCACCACCAAUGCCAUCGGCCAGUGGGAUCUGGUGUGUGACCUGGGCUGGCAGGUGAUCCUGGAGCAGAUCCUCUUCAUCUUGGGCUUUGCCUCCGGCUACCUGUUCCUCGGUUACCCCGCGGACAGGUUUGGCCGUCGUGGGAUUGUGCUGCUGACCUUGGGGCUUGUGGGCCCCUGUGGAGUGGGAGGAGCUGCUGCAGGCUCCUCUACGGGAAUUAUGGCUCUUCGAUUUCUCCUGGGCUUCCUGCUAGCUGGUGUUGACCUUGGUGUCUACCUGAUGCGCCUGGAGCUGUGCGACCCAACCCAGAGGCUUCGGGUGGCCCUGGCAGGGGAGUUGGUAGGGGUGGGAGGGCACUUCCUGUUCCUGGGCCUGGCCCUUGUCUCUAAGGACUGGCGAUUUCUGCAGCGAAUGAUCACGGCUCCCUGCAUCCUCUUCCUGUUUUAUGGCUGGCCUGGUCUGUUUCUGGAGUCUGCACGGUGGCUGAUAGUGAAGCGGCAGAUUGAGGAAGCUCAGUCUGUGCUGAGGAUUCUGGCUGAGAGAAACCGACCCCAUGGGCAGAUGCUGGGAGAAGAGGCCCAGGAAGCCUUGCAGGAACUGGAGAACACCUGCCCUCUCCCUGCAACGUCCACCUUUUCCUUUGCGUCCCUUCUCAACUACCGCAACAUCUGGAAAAAUCUGCUUAUCCUGGGCUUCACCAACUUUAUCGCCCAUGCCAUUCGCCAUUGCUACCAGCCUAUGGGAGGAGGAGGCAGCCCAUCAGACUUCUACUUGUGCUCUCUGCUGGCCAGUGGCACAGCCGCCCUGGCCUGUGUCUUCCUGGGGGUGACUGUGGACCGUUUUGGCCGUCGGGGCAUCCUGCUUCUCUCAAUGACUCUCACGGGGAUUGCAUCCCUGGUCCUGCUGGGCCUGUGGGAUUAUCUGAACGAUGCUGCGAUCACAACCUUCUCUGUCCUGGGACUCUUCUCCUCCCAAGCUUCUGCCAUCCUCAGUACCCUCCUUGCUUCUGAAGUCAUCCCCACCACGGUCCGGGGUCGUGGCCUGGGCCUUAUCUUGGCCCUUGGGGCGCUCGGUGGGCUGAGUUGUCCAGCUCAGCGCCUCCACAUGGGCCAUGGAGCCUUCCUGCAGCAUGUGGUACUGGCUGCCUGUGCCCUCCUCUGUAUCCUCAGCAUCAUGCUGCUGCCAGAGACCAAGCGCAAGCUUCUGCCAGAGGUACUCCGGGAUGGGGAACUGUGCCGUCGGCCUUCCCUGCUGAGGCAGCCACCUCCUAACCGCUGUGACCAUGUCCCGCUGCUAGCCACUCCUAACCCUGCCCUCUAAGCAGUCUCUGAGCCUGGUGGGAGGCUGGCCGAACAGAAAGGUGACAGAGGGCUAGCAAGAUAGACAGGAAGGCAAGGCCACCCCGAACAAAAGGCUCAAAGGCGCCUCACACCAGCUAUCUAGGAGAGCUCAGAGGGCUAUUCCCAACCCCAUCUCCUCCCCGCUGCUUUCUGUUCACUUCGCCAGCAAGAGUCAGGCCAGGGGAGAACAUCACGCUAUAACCAUUAGGUCUGGGCUCCAUCCCAUGCCCAAAGGCAUUUCCCAGACCUCGCUCUUUCUCUUUCAUUCUGUUUCAAUAAAAGACAUUUUGAAUAAAUGAGCAUAUCGUAGCCCGGA